CAAAUGAUGCAGCAAGUGAGUUUCGCGCAGUGUGAACGUCGGGGAAAGAUGCACGUCUUCAUCUUCCUUGUGCUGAUCUUCACAGGUGAUCGAAUCCACGCUGACGUGUUUCAAACCGCAAGAACUGACAGCACUGUAAAGCUGACAGAGGUGGAUGGGGAGACGGUUUUCAGCUCGGAUUCCCUGUUGUUUGACGUGAAGAGUUGCAGUAAAGUGCAGCUCUGCAUUAACAUAGAUUACGAUAGGGUAGUCAUAGACAUUUAUCCAAACAAGACAUCUCAUAUGAAGCUCUGUGAGUCCGGCUUCAAUGAUUACUGCACUGGGGAGAUGUUGGCUUUGUCCGGAGACGCGUGUGACGACUACACACCACUAUGGGUGCAGGUUUCAUUUUCUGAAAUCACUAUCGGCGAAGGUUGCGAAGUUGGAGAAUUCGGUCUGUGGUCAACCUUUUCUUUUGUUCUCGCAAUGAUUGACAGCAUUGAAAGCAUCGAAAUAUCUUCAGUAGAUAAUGCAUGGUGGCGACUUGGAAAAUCUUCAUGUCAACCUGUGACCACACCAGCUACUACCACCACAACUUUGACAACGCAUCCUGCAACAACGCCCGCUACGGCACCUGAAGCGACGCCCGAAGCGACGUCCGAAUCACCCGGAUCCUUGACAAAUGGUGCAAAGAUGAAUGAAACAAUGCUUUAGAACGUGGACAUGGGACGAUCUGCCGGAGUUGUCAGCAGCAACUCCAUCACUGGGAUGACCAUCGUUGUUACGUAUGUAUUGUGUGGUCAGCUCCCUGGCAUUGAGUGUGAGAACAUCGUAAUCAUUUACAUUGAUUUUAUAGUCGAUAUUCUUUCAUGUCUAACCACGAACAACUCAUAUCACGGUAAAGA